GAGGUGUCAGAAAGGGGAGGAGCUACAAGGCCCACCAAGUGUCAAAGUAGUGGAGGCGAGAGAAAAUGGACUCUGUGUGAAAUAUUGUUGUUUCACAGCUGAAAUAUUGUUGCUCCACACCUGUACCUGCACUACAAUGGACUCCAGUGUGACGGCGUUGAUGGAAGACUUCAUGGAGAGCGCGGUGGUGCAGUGGGUGCAGCUCUUUGAGAAGAUGGUGGCAGCAGAGAACGGUGUCCCGGUCUACAUAGAAGGUUCCCGCGAUGCCAAGAACUGCUACCUCAGGCUGACCAAUGGCAUUUUCCUCAACCAGGUCAUGAGGAUCAUAGACCCCAACCCCAGGGUGGAGAGGCUGCAUGACAGCCAGACAGACGACUGCAUGCAACGCAUCCAGAACUUCUCCAUUUUGAAUCGACACCUCAGAGCCUUCUACCAGGAGGACCUCCAGCAGUUAAUACUGAUGCCUCUCCCCAAUGUGGCCAUCCUAGGGCAGGACCCUCUCACAGAGGCCGCCGUAGAAGAGCUGAGACGUUUGCUGCUGCUGCUACUAGGAUGUGCCGUGCAGUGUGAACACAAAGAGACCUUCAUCCAGCAGAUCCAGUCCCUGGACUUUGACACUCAGGCUGAGCUGGCCAGCUGUAUUCAACAGGUGACCCAGGACCCUCGCUCCGUGCUGCCGCUCCAGUGGGAGGAGCUGCUGGAGGUGGAGGGUGCAGAUCUCAAGCUGGUGUUUGGCUCCAUGGCGAAACACAUCCAGAGCAUGCUGGCCCAGAGAGACACACACCUGGAGCGCCUGGCCGAGCUGCGUCGGGAGCGAGAGGCCCACCCUGACUCGCCUCUGGGCGUCCACAGUGAGGAGCCGCUCCAAGGUCUGGCACUGCAGCUGGCAGACAGCAAGGCCAGAGUGCGUCGCCUGAAACAACAACUGGACGACAAAGGUGAUCAAUUAUUGGACUACAAGCAGGAGAUUCACUUGAUGGAAGAAGAGAUCAAAAAGCUGCAGAAAAAGAGCCGCUGCCUGCAGAACGAGGCGAGGGUCACGCGAGCCAUGCGGGACGAGCUGGACUGUGUUCGGGAGCGAGCUGCACGGGCCGACCAUCUCCAGCAUGAAGUCCAGAGCUGCAAACAGCGGCUGCACGGCCUGGAGGUGACACGCACUCAGCUCAAGGAGCAGCAGCAGCUGUGUGCAGCGCUGCAGGAGACCAGAGAACUUCUAGAAGGUCAGCUGGCCGACGCCAGGACCCGAUGCUCCUCGCUGAGAGAGCUGGAGAAAGACAACCUGCUGCUGCGUCAGCGGCUGAUGGACGUAGAAGCGGAUCGUGACACGGAGAGGCAGCGCGUCGACGAGCUGCUGGAGAUGAACAUGAGCCUGGAGGCGGACCUGCGGCAGUGCGACGGCGGCGGCGCUCUUUCUCGCCGCCGCUUCCUCCAAUCGGCGGAGGACUCCGACGAGGAGCUGCGGGAGCCGAUUGACCACAAGCCUCUGAGCGUGGAAGUGGGCGAGGCGUCGGCGCUGAGGCUGCUGGGAGCCGAGCAGGAGAACCAGCAGCUGCGGAGACGUUUGGAGGAGCUGCAGGCCCAGCAGGAGUUCCACAACUUGAAGAACGAGAACGCCACUUUGAAGCGGCAGCUGGAAGAGUUGCGAGCCAAGCCGGAGGACGUCCAGAGGGGGGUCCAGGGCUCCGAAUCCUGCAGGGGCGAGGGGGAAGGAAUGGUGAGGCUGAUGGAGGAGAAGGAGCGACGGCAGGAAAUGGUCGUGACUCAGAGGGAAGCGGGCGUCGGGGAGGAGGUUCUCCACGUCGGAGGGAAAGCAGGCGAGGAGAUCCUGCCUAAAGGUAGAGAAGAAGCAGAGGGUGACCAAGUAGACAUGCAAAAGGAGGAGGCACCAUUAGACAUCCACCAACAGCCGAAAGAUAGAGAAACCCGUCAAGAACCCCCAGCUGCAGACCAGGUUGUCGGCCGUCUUUCCGGUUCUCUCCUUGAGGCCCAGAAGGAGGCGGACCGGCAGGCGCUGGUGGCCCAGGACCUGCGCACCGAGCUAGCCAUGCAGAGCAGGAAGACCUGGGAGGCUGAGCAGAGGCUGGUGCUACUGGAGGCUGAGAUGCAGCGCCUGAGGAACGCUGCAGACAAUCUGCAGGAGGCCCGCAGGCAGAUGGAGGUGCUGCAGUCAGAGGCUGAGGUAGCAGAGGAGGAGCUGAGUCGUCUGCGGAGUCAAGCAGAACUUCACAGCAUGCAGACAACACUCAUCGCCAGCCUGGAGGGCGAGCGAGCGGCGCUGGAGAGAGACCGGGACACCCUGCGCACAUCCCUGGAGACUCUGCGCACCACCCAGCGCAAGAGCGAGCAGUUAGCGCUGAGCGCUCAGACCCUCAAGGCCGAGCUGGAUCGCCAGGGCCGCACAGUGGAGACCCUUCGCCGUCGAGAGGAGGAGCUGGAGGCGGAGCUGCGUGACGCCGCUCUGGAGGCCCAGUCGGCGGCCCGGGCGCGGGACCAGGCGCUGCUGGACGUGCGGCGCCUGGAGCAGGACAAAGAGGCGUGGCAGACGGAGCUGGACGGCGUGCGGAGGGACGGCAGGCAGCGGGAGAGGGAGGCGGCCAGGCUGAGGCAGCAGCUGGAGAGCACCUACGCCGCGCUGGAGCACAGCAACCAGAGAGCCCGGGCCUUGGAGGCUGACCACAGGUGUGUGUGUCAGCAGCUGUCCGAGUCCAAGGAGCUCUGCGCUGGGCUACAAGACCUGGAGAGGGAGCUGGGCACUCGAUUAGGCGACCUGGAGGCGAGUCAUGAGCGGGUGCAGGGGCAGUAUGCAGGUGCCCAGGCCAGGAUUAGCUCACUAAUGCAGGAUCUGUCCAGCGAGCAGACUUCUUCUCGCAAUCUUUCCUCUGAAGUCCAUCGUCUGAACCAGGAGCUCCAAAAAGCUCAAACGGAACUAAAGAGUGCGACGGACACCCUGGAGCCAUCGCGGGAGUCCACCAUGUGUUUUCCGGACGAAAGCGGACCUCAUCUCCUCUCUGGAAGGCAAAGGAAUUGGAAUCCAAAUUCGGAUCCUUCAAGCACGGACACCUCUAAGUCCCCUGAAGACCACACAAGUCAGGACCUGGCUGGGACCGCCCAGGAGUCCACAGAGAGCCCGCUCAGUCCCAGGUGGUCACAGCUGGAAAAAGAGGCAGGACAGGAGGCUUUGUUUUCUCGCCUGUGCCAGUCCCAGGAGGCCUGCCAGCACCUGAGGGAGCAGCUGGAGGCGCUGCGUCGACACUCGCUCAGCCUGCAGGACGCCUGUACCAGCCUGCAGACGCUCAACACUCAGCUACAGGUGGAACAAGCCACGCUGAACUCCCAGCAUGCGGCGGUGCUGGCGCGCUGCGGCGAGAGCGAGGCCAGGUGUGCGGCGCUGCGGGCCGAGUCCGAGGUGUGGUCACGGGAGCGGGAGGAGUCGGCGGCCAGGACGGAGGCCCUGAGGCGGGACCACGAGAGGAUGAUGGCGCUGCAGCAGCGUCAGGAGGCAGAGCUAGAGGAACUCCUGGACAAACACUCCCGCUUACGCAGAAGCAACCGCAGCCUGGAGGCGCAACACCGGGCGCUGGAGGGCAGCCACAAGGAGCUGCUGGACGCUAAGAGCCAGCUGGAGGAGAGAGAGCGAGAGAUGAAAAGGGCGAGAGAAGAGAUGGAAGCUGAAGCCCAGCACAGAUUGGAAAGAGAGCGAGAGCUGGAGAGGCUGAAGGAAGACGGCGAGAGGCUGCAGGCCCAGCAGAAGGAUCUGGUGGCGUCGCAGGCAGAACUGCUGGCUCAGGGAUCGAUGCUGCGAGGCGAGCUCAGCUCCUCCCAACUGGAGAGGACUCGACUGGAGGGCGAGCUCAGCACCUUGAGGGAAGCCAACCAAAGUCUGGACCUCAGCAACGCCCGCCUCACCAGCCAGUACCAGCUGCUGAGCCAGCUGAAGGGGAACAUGGAGGAGGAGAACCGACAUUUAGCCGAACAGAACCGGAGCCUGCUGUCGGAAAACCGAGCCUUACUGGAGCAGAGCCUGGAGCGUCGAGACCAGCACUAUACUCAGCAGAAGGAAUAUCAGGAGAAGCUGAGCGAGCUACGUAGAGAGAAGCAGAAGCUGGUGGAGAAAAUCAUGGACCAGUACAGAGUUCUGGAGCCCAACGUGCUGCCUUCACCCAAGAAGUCCAACUGGAUCGCCGAGCGCGUGAAGAAGCUCAUCAAACCUCGGGGAGGAGCGCGGGAGGGACGCCUCGUCAUGGCCGCCUGCAGCGUGGAGAACCUGGCCGGCUACACCUGCGACGCACCUGACACAGAUCCCUGCAGUGCUCCGGGUUCUCCGUGUCCUCUGAGAAAAGCCCCGGCGCACUCGGAACCAGACAUCUCUCUUCCCGCCACCGCGGCCCCGCGCUCCGGCGCCAGGGGCCGGCGCAAGUUGGGGUCCCGCCAUGGUUGGGGCUUGACCAGAGUAGGCGGGGUUUCUCAGUCCUUCAGCCCCGGCGACCAGAAGACCCCGCCUCGCCGCCGCCCGCUUUCCGGACACAGUGCCCGUUCAUCGUCCUCCCAGGUACUUUUGGAGGGGGCGGGUGGGGCACCGGGCGCCCCCCAGGUGGCGGAGGUCACGCUGGACAGUCCCGAGGAGGAAACAUGAUGACAAUCUAGCAGGGGACUCACUCAGGAAAUAUUUAUGGCGCCUUUUGGAAGACAAUAUUUACAAUAAUGAUCCAGCCAUCCAUCCAUUUUCUACUGCUUGUCCCUUAAUAAUUUAUUUUGUAAUUAGUUUCUCUCCACUGGUAUAAAAAACUACCCUGCUCAUGUCCUAGAGCAGGGGUCACCAACGUGGUGCCGGCGGGCACCAGGUCGCCCGUAAGGACCAGAUGAGUCGCCCGCUGGCCUGUUCUAAAAAUAGCUCAAAUAGCAGCACUUACCAGUGAGCUGCCUCUAUUUUUUAAAUUGUAUUUAUUUACUAGCAAGCUGGUCUCCCUUUGCUCGACAUUUUUAAUUCUAAGAGAGACAAACUCUAAUAGAAUUUAAAAAUCCAAGAAAAUAUUUUAAAGACUUGGUCUUCACUUGUUUAAAUAAAUUCAUUAAUUUUUUUACUUUGCUUCUCAUAACUUUCAGAAAGACAAUUUUAGAGAAAAAAUACAACCUUAAAAAUUAUUUGGGGAUUUUUAAACACAUAUACCUUUUAAAUUCCUUCCUCUUCUUUCCUGACAAUUUAAAUCAGUGUUCAAGUAAAUUAUUUUUUUCUAUUGUAAAGAAUAAUAAAUACAUUUUUAUUUAUUUCUUCAUUUUAGCUUCUGUUUUUUCGAUGAAGAUUAUAUGUGAAAUAUUUCUUCAAACUUAUCAUGAUUAAAAUUCAAAAUAAAAAUUCUAGCAAAUUGAGAAAAUCUUUAGAAUCAAAUUUAAAACUUAUUUCAAAAUGUUUAAAAUGUUAUUUUAAAAUUUUUGUUCUGGAAAAUCUAGAAGAAAUAAUGAUUUGUCUUUGUUAGAAAUAUAGCUUGGUCCAAUUUGUUAUAUAUUCUAACAAAGUGCAGAUUGGAUUUUAACCUAUUUAAAACAUGACCUCAAAAUUUUAAAAUUAAUCUUAAUCAGGAAAAAUUACUAAUGAUGUUCCAUAAAUUAUUUUUUUAAGUUUUUCAAAAAUAUUCGAAUUAGCUAGUUUUUCUCUUCAUUUUUUUCGGUUGAAUUUUAAAUUUUAAAGAGUCGAAAUUGAAGAUAAACUAUGUUUCAAAAAUUAUUUUUCUUUUUUUUCGUGUUUUCUCCUCUUUUAAACCGUUCAAUUAAGUGUUUUUUUUUUUCAUCAUUUAUUUUCUGCAAAAAACCUUCCGUAAAGGAAAAAGAAUGUACGAUACAUAUAUAUAUAUAUAUAUAUAUAUAUUAAAGGUAAAUUGAGCAAAUUGGCUAUUUCUGGCAAUUUAUUUAAGUGUGUAUCAAACUGGUAGCCCUUUGCAUUAAUCAGUACCCAAGAGGUAGCUUUUGCUUUCAAAAAGGUUGGUGCCCCCUGCUCUAGACAGUCAAUGGUAUAUAUAAAUGGUAUGAAUAAAUUAUAAAUUAUAUGUGUCUAUCUGUGUUGGCCCUGCGAUGAGCUGGCGACUUGUCCAGGGUGUACACCGCCUUCCGCCCGAUUGUAGCUGAGAUAGGCGCCAGCGCCCCCCGCGACCCCAAAAGGGAAUAAGCAGUAGAAAAAUGGAUGGAUAUAUAUAUAUAUAUAUAUAUAUAUAUAUA